AUGAAGAUCAAACUUUCCUACGUGUGGCUGGUUGUGGCGGGCAUUGCCGUGUUGUUGGCGGGAAUCUCCAUCGCAUUGACACCAAUGGGUCGCCCCGGCAGUGUAGAGGCUCAUCAGUCGUCGGUCCACGACCUGACCUUGAGUUGCCCUACAUCGGUCAUAGAAGGCGAAACGUACAAAGUAACCCUGACUAUGGACGAUGCAAUAAUCGUUCGAGGUGUGGAAGGGUCCUGGCACUGGCGGGCCAUUCCCGGACAGCAGAACACGGCCACGAUGAUUUCUACGGCGGCUACUGACGAGGAAAAAGCGACUGCUGAUCUCAUUUACUGGGAAGGCGGGCUCAACGAAGUCACCAGUCCGGCAGAGUAUUUCGCCAAGAAGAUAGAGCAUACAUUUGCCAUCAAGGAAGACGACAUUACCGAGCCCUCGGAAUGGUUCAGGGUCUACUUCAAAAACCAUGCCAGCGGGGGACACGGAGCUGGCCGCCUUGAUGUCCUCUGCAACAUGUACAUCGUCGACGAUGACCCCCCGACGGUGAAAGAAGUUCGGAUGAGCAACACGCCGGCUUUGGACAAUACCUACCGAUUGGGGGAUUACAUAUAUAUUGACGUCGAAUUCGACGAGCCGGUGUAUAUCAUUCCCGAUCGGGUGGCGGCCACAGACGAGGCAGAGAGCUAUGUUCUUUAUCCGAAGCUGCAAUUCUGGCUGGACGGGGACGGCGACGAUACCCCUCAGCUGCGGGAAGCGGAUUUCGAUGAGACUUUUUCCUGGGAGACCUCGACCGGCGAUGCCGACCCAACCCUGGUCCCCAGCGGGGGGGACUCAGGGGCGACGUUCUCAGGUUCGAAUACAAGGUCAAGGCUGGCGAUUCCGACGCUGACGGAUUGACCAUCGGCGCUCACACGGAGACCGGACUUGGGGAGAAUAUGAUCGGUUGGUCUUCAGACAUAUCUCAUAAAGCAGACCA